GACACAACAGUGUGAGCUCUGAGCUGAUUUCUCUAAGGACAAACAGCCAUCCCUUCCCAGAGUCGCAGAAGCUGCCUGACCUGGAGCCGCAGCCAUGACCAGCCAGUCACAGGGGAUCCACCAGCUCCUUCAGGCAGAGAAGAGGGCCAAGGACAAGCUCGAGGAAGCCAAGAAGAGAAAAGUCAAGCGACUACGCCAAGCCAAGGAGGAAGCGAUGGCAGAGACUGAUCAGUACAAAAUGCAGCGAGAUGAGGAGUUUCGACAGAAACAGGCAAAGAUAAUGGGCUCUCAGAGUAAUGUCUUAGAAGAAAUAGAAGUUCAAACCCUAGGGAAGAUAAAAGAACUGAAUGCAAGCUACAGCAUGUCCAUGGAAGGUGUGAUUGAUGAGCUUUUAAGCAUCGUCUGUGACGUGAAACCGGAAAUCCAUGUGAACUACAGAAUCACCACCUAACUGUGCAUCUGAUUGUUCAAUAAAUAGUGUUUCCAUGCC